AUGAUUUCAGCCCUUCUGACACUUCUCAUCCAUGUCAGUCUAGCUCAACGCUCGUGCGCCCAGACUAUCUACAUGGCCGGGGACUCGACGAUGGCUCCCGGCGGCGGAGGGGGCGGUACGGACGGUUGGGGACAAUAUCUCGCACAGUAUCUUACACUUCCUGUCGUCAAUGAUGCCAUCGCAGGAACCAGCGCGAGAAGCUACACAGACGCCGGAAACUUCACUAGUAUCAUCAACGGCGUUCAGUCCGGUGACUUCGUCAUUAUCGAGUUUGGGCACAACGAUGGUUCAGCGGGAGCCAUUGAUAACGGCCGCGAAGAUGCCACAGGAGAUGGCUACAAUGCGACUACUACAGUUGUCGAAGCAGACAAUUCGACGCUCGUCGUUCAUUCUUUCAACUACUACAUUCAAAAUGCUGUCACGGCUCUCCUCGCGAAAGGCGCUAUUCCCAUCGUCUCCUCGCAGACUCCAGAUAAUAUUUUCAACAGCAGCGUCCCCUCGACUGCACCUCGUUUCGUAGCAUAUGCCGCCGAAGUGGCAGGGAACACCAGCGUGACAUACGUGGAUCAUUAUAACUACGUCGUACAAGCGUACGAUAAUAUCGGGGCCGCGACUGUGAACACAUAUUACCCGAUGGACCACUUGCAUACCUCACCAACCGGGGCGAACGUGGUGGCGGAAGCAUUCGUCAGAGGAUUGCUAUGCAGAAAUAGUACUUUGACGAGCAAUGUGAACUCAUUCGGUCUAGCUGUACCAAGUGAGUGUUGCUUUUCUGUGUCCCAGUAG